GUAGACACACUAUAUAUAAGCCUAACUCCCAUCAACACCAUAUCAUAUCAUAGAUCUAUAUAAACCAACAAAGCACAAAACAUGUUCUUCCUCUACUUUCUCCUGUUCAUUGCCUUCUACUCAAUAGCAAGGCACCUAAUCCAUAAGAUCCGCAACCUCCCGCCCAGCCCCUUCCCGACCCUCCCUGUCCUCGGCCACCUCCACCUCCUCAAGAAGCCCCUCCACCGCACCCUUGCUGCCAUCUCUCAUCGCCAUGGUCCUGUCCUCCUCCUCCAGUUUGGCUUCCGCCGCGUCCUUGUCGUUGCCUCCCCUUCUGCCGCCGAGGAAUGCCUCACUAAGAACGACAUCAUCUUUGCGAACCGUCCCCACCUCCUUGCAGGAAAGUACCUCGGUUACAACUACACGAGCCUUGCAUGGUCAUCCUAUGGGGAACACUGGAGGAACCUGAGGCGGAUCGCGUCCCUUGAGCUCCUCUCCUCCCACCGCCUCAACAACCUUUCUGGUAUACGGGCCGAGGAGGUCACUACCCUUGUGAAGCGGCUCGCGAGAAAGGAUGAUCAGGCCGGACCAGUAGAGAUGAAGACUGCCCUGUUUGAGCUUAUGAUGAACGUCAUGAUGAGGAUGAUUGCCGGAAAGAGGUACUAUGGGGAGAAUGUUGCGGAGGCGGAGCUGGAGGAAGCGAAGAAGUUCCGGGAAAUAGUGACGGAGACGUUCAGGAUAGGAGGGGCCACAAACGUUGGGGAGUUCUUGCCGUUCCUUAGGAAGAUCGGAUUCAAGGGGGUGGAGAAGGAGCUGCAGGCGUUGCAGGUGAAGAGGGACAUCUUCAUGCAUAGCCUGGUUGAGCAGCACAAGAGGGAGGCCAAGAGUGGUGAGGAUCCUAAUCCAGAGGGAGAGAAGAACAAGACACUGAUCGAGGUCUUGCUGUCUCUCCAAGAAUCGGAGCCCGAGUACUACAAAGAUGUCACGAUCAGAAGCAUCAUGCUGGUUCUGUUAGCUGCGGGGACCGACACUUCAGCAGCGACAAUGGAGUGGGCAAUGUCGCUCUUGUUAAACCAUCCCGAGGUCUUAAAGAAGGCACAGGCCGAGAUUGACAAUGUUGUGGGGUCGGACCGCCUGGUGAAUGAGUCCGACCUCACCAGGCUCCCUUACCUCCACUGCAUCAUCAAUGAGACGCUACGGAUGUACCCUGCAGGCCCACUCCUGGUCCCCCACGAAUCGUCCGAGGAGUGCCAUGUGGGCGGAUACCGGGUACCUGGGGACACAAUGCUAAUGAUAAACCUGUACUCGAUCCAGCGGGACCCAAAAUACUGGCCGGACCCCGAGAAGUUCAAGCCAGAGAGGUUCGAGGGUAUGGAAGGGGUCAAGGACGGGCACAAGAUGAUGCCCUUCGGAUCGGGUAGGAGAGGGUGCCCUGGUGAGAACCUGGCGCUCAGGAUGGUCGGCAUGACCCUGGGAUCGCUGAUCCAGUGCUUCGAGUGGGGCCGGAUCAGCGAGGACCUGGUGGACAUGACCGAGGGGACGGGCCUCACCAUGCCCAAGGCCCGGCCUUUGAUGGCUAAGUGCAGGCCCCGGGAGAACAUGAUGCUACUCCUUUCCCAAAUCUGAGUGAAUCAUAUUACAUGAAGUUUUGGUGCAGUAGUUUAGCGACUCUUCUAUCUUUCGGUUUAUUCGGUUUCGUCGUUAAUAUUAGUAGAUGAGCUAGCGAAAGAAUACCUAUUAUUGUUGCACUGCACACAAUGGAUGAGAACUCGAUACGGUCACGAUAUUUUAUAGUACUAGUAUAAAUUCACGUGCUCUGAAUAUGAGAGCUCCUCUUUUAUUGAAA